AUGCGGGUGGAUGAUUAUACGAGUGCAAAUAGUAUUCCAGUAUUUGUAUACACACCAGCCACGUCUUCAACUGGAGGUUCAAACGGUGCUACAGAUAUACUCCUAAAUGUUACUUACUACGACUUCAGCGCUGGAAAUGACGAUUUUUCUAGUGCAAGUGGUUUACUAUCACGAAGUCCAUAUCACAUGACCAGCCCGCUGGGCUCCUGGUUGGCCAUUUCUGAUAACCCUACAAGUGACACAUUUUCAGACUGGUUCCGAUCAACAACAUCAAGCUAUGUGAAGUUUGAUAAAAUAUUGUUGCAACAUGAUACAAGUAUCACUUCUUCAACUAUUUACAAAUUUUCGUCAGACUCAUUUUAUCCAGUUGAUGACUCUGGCUAUGGAUCGGAAGGUCAGACAGACUGUUCGGGAGGUUUACAUAAUUUUGUAUUCACAUUUGCUAUUCGAACUGGGCUGAAAUAUUUAGGAACAGAGAAAAUUACAAUCGGAGGUGGAGAGGAAUUGUGGUUAUUCAUUAACAAACAAUUAGUUAUAGAAUUGGUGGAUGAUAGAUCGUCAGCGAGCAUUGGUUGUCAAAUGGUCGAUCUUGCUAAUGCAAAGGGCGGUGGACUAAUUAUACCACAAGAGGGCAUUAUUGUCAACGGUGAAUGCACUGGUAUGUCUUCUAAAGCAGCAUCCACAGUCAGUUUGACUUUAGAGAUGGGAGAAACAUACCUAUUUGAGAUAUUUCAUGUUGAAAGAAUGGCUUGCUCUUCAGAAUUACUGAUUCAUUUAGAGGAUGUUUAUCUCUCCGUUCAUGAAAAUGAUAUUCCUCCUUUUCAUUACAAAUUUUCUGCAUUGGAAAAUCUUAACGUCAAUGGAAUAGUGGGAACGUUUCCUUUGUGGGAUGUUUUCGAAGUAGGACCAGCGUUCUCGGUAAAUCUUCUUGCAGGGAAUGAAGCAAGGCAUUUCACUUUAAAAGAUGACACUACCGCAAAUACGAAUCUAGGAACUACAACUGCUCCGCCAAUAUAUUCGUACAUUGAUCUGUAUGGUACCAAUAUGUCAUUUGUAGAAUGUUCAGGAACUAAUGUUCUCUUACCAGAGCCAAAUACACCUGGAUCACAGUCGUUUACAAUAUCUACAUCAACCGUUUUACUUGCAAUAAGUGCUGUCUUAGACUUUGAAGUAGCCACAGAAUACAUUUUGGAAAUGGAUUUAAUAGACCAGGGAUCAAAUCUCGAGGGUUCCUUAGUUGUAAAGAUUGUUGUUACAGACUUCAAUGAUCAUUGUCCAUUACUAUCACUUACAGAGGACGUAUUUAUUACACCACAACCUCUCCUACAGAUUCCUCCUCUUUUGACUGUAAAUAGUUCUGAUCUGGACAGUGGUGUUAAUGGACAAUUCUUCUUCUACGUGUCAUUGGUACAUGCUGAAAGUCCAGUCAUAAACUAUGAUGAAUCGUUGGAUAUCAGAAGAGAAAUAUAUAACGCCACCACAGAGCUGACAGUAACAUUGGCAGUUAUUGAUGAAGGUAUCCCACCUCGAGGUAGUGCCAUCAAUAUCACAGUAAAUAUCAGUAAUACGUGUCUCCUCAACGAACAGUUUGAAAGAACCAACUUUACAUUCAGCGUUAAUAACACAACUGGAGAGUUUUAUCUCAGAGUGCCAGGAUAUUGGACUGUUGAUUUCCAAUGUUUGGAUGACAUUGGAUUAUCAAAUGGAAUUGUUCGGGAUGAACUUAUCACUGCAUCUUCAUCUCGAAAUUACCUUUCGCAGCCAGAAAGAGGUCGCCUUUGGCUAAAUGCUUCAGCACCUAUAUAUGGACCAUUGACUGGCGGUUGGGUAGCUGAUGAUACGGAUAUGACCCCAUACAUUCAAGUCAAUUUGGAAGAUGCGUUUAAAAUUACCAAAGUCCAUUUACAAGGUCAACAAGAUGAACCGAACUGGGUAAAAUCAUUUCAGAUUACCUUUUCUAAUGAUGGUUCUGUGUGGACUUUGUACCAUGAUUAUUCUGGGGAAUAUAUCUUUCUUGGAAACAAUGACCAAAAUACUGUCAAGACAUUAGUUUUGUCACCGCCUAUUCUCGGACAGUAUAUAAGAAUUAAUCCCCGAAACUGGACAGGAAGUGCAGCGCUAAGACUGGAACUUUCAGGAUGCACACAAGCCGAACAAUACCAUUUUGACACGUCAUGUGAGAGAUGUUACACUUCAUAUUACUGCCUUGGCGACAGCGAGGCUCACAUGUGUGGAAGAUGUGAAAAUCAUACAAUUGCAUGUGAUCGGUCUCCAACUGAACAUUCUUUUGGAGCAGCAUCUGAAUGCGUAACAUGUCCAAAGGGUUGGAUAUGCAAAGAUGGAUAUGCAACAAUAUGUCCUGAGAAUCACUAUGUAGAAUGCACUGACACGAAUUGUCCAGAUACGUGUUCCGCAUGCGAAUCCGGCUAUGCAUGUAGAGAUGGACGCAGAUACAUUUGUGAACCAGGAACUUAUUCAGAUGGAACUGUAGAAUUCUGCAGCUUGUGUACUGAAGGAACGUUUCAAGACAUUUCCGGACAGGACAACUGUAAACCCUGUCCUGCAGGAUAUUAUAGUUCAACAUCAAAAGAUCGUUGCAACCCUUGCGAAUCAGGGACAUACUCAAUCGGCGAUGGUUCAGGAGCUUGCCUUGGUUGUACUAGUGAUAUAGACUGUCCCUGUAAUGUAGAGGAGACGUGUUUCAGUCUUGAUUUAUGUAUCAAUACUGGUUCAGGCGGAUUCCAGUGUCUUGGAUGCCCAACAGGUUUCAUUGGAGAUGGUUUGACGUGUUCAGAUAUAGAUGAGUGUUCUCUAUAUAAACCUUGUUGGAAUAACUCUGCCUGCUUAAAUACUGCACCAGGGUACCAAUGUUUGGCGUGUCCACGAGGAUAUCACAGUGGUACAUACGAGGAUGGCUUGUCCAUAAACAAUACCGUCCGUGUGUUUGAGUUACACAAUGAAGUCCUUUCUCCUACACAAGAUCAGAUGUGUUAUGACCUUGACGAAUGCCAAACAGAUAAUGGUGGAUGUGAUUCUAAUGCACCAUGUAUUAAUACUAUAGGGAGCUAUUAUUGUGGAAACUGUGGAGAGGGCUAUACUGGUAUACCAAACAUUGUCUGUUAUUCUACAAACUAUUGUCAGACAGGACAACACAAGUGUGCCUCGGCUGCAACAUGUACUUAUCUUAGGCCAAAAGAGUAUAACUGCGAAUGUCCAAUUGGUUAUAGUGGAAACGGAAGACAUUGUGGAAUAGAUACAGAUUUAGAUGGACAUCCGGAUGUAUCUUUAUCAUGUUCUGACUGGGGAUGUAAACGAGAUAAUUGUCGUACAAUACCAAACUCUGGACAGGAAGAUGUUGAUGGCGAUAAUACUGGAGACGAUUGUGAUGACGACAAAGACAAUGAUGGGAAAAUAAACAGCAUCGAUAACUGCCCGUUCAAGUACAGUUUUAGCCAAGUUGACACAGACGGUGACGGUGUUGGGGAUCCAUGUGAUAACUGUCCGUCAAAUGUCAAUCCAGACCAGCUAGAUACAGACGGAGAUGGAACUGGUGAUGAUUGUGAUACAGACGAUGAUGAUGAUGGAAUUCCUGAUGUUUCCGAUAACUGCCCUCUGGUGGCAAAUGCAGGACAAGAAGAUGCAGAUGGAGAUGGGUUUGGUGAUGCUUGUGACAAUUGUCCUGGUAUAUCUAAUAAUAAUCAGACUGAUACAGACCAGAACAAGGUCGGGGAUGAAUGCAAUCCAGUUGGUGGACUUCAUCAAGAUAGAGACGGAGAUGGUGUAAUAGAUAGUCUUGAUAACUGUCCUGAAGUUGAAAAUGGGGAUCAAAGUGACAUGGAUAGCGAUGGAACAGGAGAUGCAUGUGAUACAGACAGAGAUGCUGAUGGAGUCAUUAAUGAAGAAGACAAUUGUCCAUAUUUUGCAAAUACAUUACAAACAGACAUCAAUGGCGACCUUAUUGGUGACGACUGUGUGGUUGAUUCUGAUGGUGAUGGUGUUGAUGAUAGCAAUGAUACUUGUCCACAUAACCCAUCCACUUCCUCAACAUCUUUCCAGGACUACUUUGUGGUGGAUUUAUAUCCUGGAUAUAGUACAACAGCAGCACAUUGGUGGGUGAAGGGAGCUGGAAGAGAAAUUUAUCAACUUGCUGAUACACAUGGCCCUUCUAUGUUAAUUGGAUCGCAAUCAUACAGUUCAAUCAGAUACAGUGGAACAAUAUAUGUGCGUUCAGACAUGGGAGAUAACUACGUCGGUAUUGUCUUUGGUUAUAACAGUAACCGAAAGUUUUAUUUGGUGUCAUGGAAAACCAAGAACUAUAACUUUGAUUUAAAAACAUACCAAGCAGGAAUUAAAGGCAUUAAUAUAAAGGUUAUCGAUUCUAACACUGAACCUGGGAUUGAUUUAGCAUAUGGUCUAUGGCAUUCCAGUUCUAAAGAAAAUCAAACGACAGUGUUAUGGCAUGAUGACAAUAUGUUACAAUGGAGUAAUUAUACAUCGUACAAAUGGUUUCUAACCCAUAAUUCUGAUCUUGGAAAAAUAAGAUUCCAGCUUUACGAUUUAACAUCCGUGUUAGCAGAUAGUGGAGAUAUAUACAAUACUCGUAUUACAGGAGGACGAGUCGGAGUAUACCAAUUUGGACAACAAAUGUCACUUUUUUCCAAUAUAAAUGUACAUUGCAUAGAUAGACAAAAUAUGGCAAUGAAAUUCAAUGGAAUAGAUAAUUAUGUGUCAAUAACAAACGUCACACAACUGAAAAUUGACAAAAGUUUUACAUUUGAAGUGUGGGUAAAGGUGGAAACUGGUAGUCCAUUGACAGCAAUGCCAAUAUUUUGUACUGAAUCUCGGAACAUAUGUUUAUGGUUGGAAAAUUUAAAAGUAAAUGGACAGUUUGGAAAUUCCACCUUAAGUACCACUGUAACAAUUGGUACUGAUGUAUGGACUAACUUGGUACUACAAUAUGAUGAGUCUGAAUACAUUCUGAAGAUAUACCUGAAUGGUGUUUUAUCGGCUUCUGGAAGUAGUAUACACCCGAUUGAUUGGGUAGAUACUUUGUAG